AUAAAUAAAUAAAAAAAUAAAUAAAUAAAUAAAUAUAAAUAACAAUGUUAACGCCUGUAUUUAGUAUAACACAAACUGACGAUGAUGUUACGAUUAUUAUUAAUGCACCUUAUGCUAAUAUUAAAGACACACAGAUAGAAGUCGAUGGAGAUGAUUUUAGAUUUUAUGCAGUUCCAUAUUAUCUUAGACUCAAAUUACCUGGAGAAAUAGAAGAGACUUCUACAUCCUCUGGAAGCUAUGAUUGUGAUAAGGGUUGUUUCACUUUAAAAUUUUCUAAGGUAAACAAAGGUGAAUUUUUUCCUAAUUUAGAUAUGAUAACUACGUUAUUAUCAUCGAAGCCUAAACAUUCAAUUGGACCAAAAAUUGAAGUCAUUGGUAUUAAUAAAGAAGAAAAUAACGAAGAGGAAGAUGAUGAAGGAGAAGAUGAUAAAGAAGAGGAUGAUAAAGAAGCAUCUAACAAAUGGUAUUUUCCUCAAUCAAUAGAACCAAGUAAUAGUUCAUGCUUAUUGAUAAAUGCUCCUAAGUAUGGAUUUGCAAAUAAAGUUACUGGCGCGUUAAAAUCUUUCGAGUCUGCCUGGAUUAAAGAAAUUAUAGAUUUACCCACACCUGAUAUUACUCCUGAAGAUGCACGUACAAAACUCCGAGAAAAAACAGAAUCAAAAGAUUUUAAUGAAGACCAUUACAUGGCUGAUUUUGUGGAUAUCGAAUGUGUACAACCAUAUAUUUCGUAUAAUCCACCAUGGUGUAAAUUAAAAAAAGAAGAUAUCCAAUUUGAUAAAAAUGAAAUCCAAAUUUUGAAGGAACUUCCAAAUAAAGAAUAUUUAUUAGAUGAUAAAGAAAUUAAUAUAGUACUUUUGGGUUUAGUCGAUAUUUUAUACGCUAGUUGUUACAAUCAUAGAAUAACAGAUGGUGAAAAUAAUGUCGAAAGCGGAUGGACGAUUAACAAGCUUAGCUCAACUUUGUCUUGGUUUCAAACUUUUGAAACUGCGAAUGAAGUUAUAAAAGCAUGCAUCAGAAGAUCGCUUUGUUAUCCUUUAGUAAGAAACUGGAGAUUAUCCAUGGAAGUGUUCGAAGAUGUUAAGCAAGUCAUUACAUUAGGAAGGAAAUAUAUUAUAAAGCUAUUUUGCGAGAUACAUAGUCUAUUUAAUAAUUCUCACGAGCCACGAUAUUUGUUGAAUCAGUUGUAUAUCAAGGAUUACCUUAUUUGGUUGCAAGGAAUUCCGGAAUCUUUGACAGAUACAUUGAUUCCUCAAUUAAAAAGUGUAUAUCCAUGUAAAGAAUAUAUAGAUUUGGAGUUAGAAGAAAUAGAAGUAGCAAUAAAGGUUACUUUAAAAGAAAACAUAGUUAUAGAAAAUAUAGUAGAAGAUAUAACGAAGCAUGCAAAGAAUUUAAAUCUUAAUCCUUCAUCGAAUAAGAAGGAAGAAACGUCAUCCAUCAGCGACACUUCAAGUUCCGUCGAUAGUAGUGAUACAGACUCAGAUUCAGACAGUAGUAGUUUUAGCAGUAGUUCUUCUAGCAGUUCUAGUGUAGAUUCUGAUGAAAGUAAAAGAGAAUAAAUUUUAUUUUCAUACUUAUUGUGA